UUUUUCUUCUUUUUCUCUAGUUGUUUUUUUUCCUGAGAAAAAAAUUGAGCUCUUUUUGGCUAAGCCUCCAAGCAGAUCCAACUAAGGAAAUGUAAAAUUUUCAAAUUUUUUUUAUCAGUAUCCUCUUUUUAGACCUUCCCCUCAUGUUCUAGAUUUGAAGAUAUUGUCAUUACCUCACUCUUGUUUGUGCCAAGAUUUGUUCUGUUCCGUUCCCCCCUUUUUUCUUUUUUUAGAUCUUGGUCUUCUCCAUGAGGUGGCUUUCUGUAUCCAUGGAUUGAGGCACUGGCCAAGAACAAGGUUGGCUUGGAGGAGCUUAGGCUCAAGAGGAUGGUGGUCUCAAAUGAGAGCCUGGAGCUACUCUUUCGGUCUAUCCAAUGGUUUCGCGAAGAAGCCCAUGCUCUCAAUGACGGUGGUGGAGUCGAGAGACUUCCUCAUCCCGCUCUCUGAAUCCAUCGCGUUCCACAGACUCCCUUUCUUCGAGACCAUCGCGGUCAUCACCAAGGCCAAGGGAGCUAACCUCUUUUGUUGGAACCACCGCCGUGGAUUCCUCUGCUUAGCCAGGCAGAAGCACAUUUGCAUCUUUCGACACGACGAAGUUGCCUGACAUGGCUUCGUACACCCCAAAGAAUAUCCUCAUUACUGGGGCGGCUGGAUUUAUUGCGUCUCAUGUUGCCAACCGGCUUGUCCGGAGCUACCCUGACUACAAAAUUGUUGUGCUUGACAAACUUGAUUAUUGUUCUAGUCUGAAGAACCUCCUUCCUUCAAAAUCAUCUCCUAACUUCAAAUUUGUGAAGGGGGAUAUUGGUAGUGCUGAUCUUGUCAACUACCUUCUCAUCACCGAAUCCAUUGACACUAUAAUGCAUUUCGCUGCCCAAACCCAUGUUGACAACUCGUUUGGUAAUAGCUUUGAGUUCACCAAGAACAACAUAUACGGAACUCAUGUCCUAUUAGAAGCCUGCAAGGUUACUGGCCAGAUCAGAAGGUUCAUUCAUGUGAGCACUGAUGAGGUCUAUGGAGAGACGGAAGAGGAUGCUGUUGUUGGAAACCAUGAGGCCUCUCAACUUCUUCCCACUAACCCGUACUCUGCUACAAAAGCUGGGGCUGAAAUGCUUGUCAUGGCUUAUGGUAGGUCAUAUGGGCUACCUGUUAUUACAACUCGUGGAAACAAUGUUUAUGGGCCCAACCAGUUUCCUGAGAAGUUAAUUCCAAAGUUCAUCCUCCUGGCUAUGCAGGGAAAGAAUCUUCCAAUUCAUGGGGAUGGUUCAAAUGUGAGGAGUUAUUUAUAUUGUGAAGAUGUUGCUGAGGCUUUUGAAGUUGUCCUGCACAAGGGUGAGGUUGGCCAUGUUUACAAUAUCGGGACAAAGAAGGAAAGGAGAGUUGUCGAUGUAGCCAAAGAUAUAUGCAGACUUUUCUCAAUGGACCCAGAAACUUGUAUAAAAUUUGUAGAGAACAGACCAUUUAACGACCAGAGAUACUUUCUUGAUGAUCAAAAGCUGAAGGACUUGGGUUGGUCUGAGAGGACCACUUGGGAAGAAGGCUUGAAGAAAACCAUGGCUUGGUAUAUCAAUAACCCUGAUUGGUGGGGUGAUGUCACUGGGGCAUUGCUUCCUCAUCCUAGGAUGCUGAUGAUGCCUGGUGGGUUGGAGAGGCAUUUCGAGGGAUCUGAAGAGGGAAAACCUGCACCUUUUGGCUCAAGUAAUACCAGGAUAGUGGUUCCAUCAUCCAAGAACACCAGCUCUCAACAGAAACAUCCUUUUAUGUUCUUGAUCUAUGGUAGAACAGGGUGGAUUGGGGGUUUGCUGGGGAAAUUGUGUGAAAAGCAAGGAAUUCCGUAUGAAUAUGGAAAGGGUCGCCUAGAGGACCGCUCCUCACUCUUGGCUGAUCUUCAGAAUGUGAAGCCUACACAUGUUUUUAAUGCUGCAGGAGUGACCGGCAGACCCAAUGUUGAUUGGUGUGAAUCCCAUAAAACAGAAACCAUCCGCACCAAUGUUGCUGGUACCUUAACAAUGGCUGAUGUCUGCAGAGAGCAUGGGAUCUUGAUGAUAAAUUAUGCUACUGGGUGCAUAUUCGAGUACAAUGCAACACAUCCCGAGGGCUCUGGCAUUGGUUUUAAGGAGGAAGACAAGCCCAAUUUCAUUGGCUCUUUCUAUUCCAAAACUAAAGCUAUGGUUGAGGAGCUCUUGAGAGACUAUGACAAUGUAUGCACACUCAGGGUUCGCAUGCCAAUUUCGUCAGACCUGAGCAACCCGCGCAACUUCAUAACAAAGAUUUCUCGUUAUAACAAAGUGGUCAACAUUCCAAACAGUAUGACUAUUUUGGAUGAACUUCUGCCUAUCUCAAUUGAGAUGGCAAAGAGGAACUUGAAGGGAAUCUGGAACUUCACAAAUCCAGGGGUUGUGAGCCACAAUGAGAUCCUUGAGAUGUACAGGGAUUACAUUGACCCAAACUUCAAGUGGUCUAACUUCACCCUUGAAGAGCAAGCAAAGGUGAUUGUUGCUCCUCGAAGCAACAAUGAGAUGGACGCAUCAAAAUUGAAGACAGAAUUCCCAGAAUUGCUUUCCAUCAAGGAAUCACUCAUCAAAUAUGUCUUUGAGCCAAACAAGAAAACAUAAGCAGGUUUAUGUUAUUCAGACAAGGCAGUUAUGUGUUCAGGCUAUAUAGACCAGUGAAAUUGGAUUUUCUAAACUAAGUUAUUGUAAAAAAAAAAAAACUGAUGAAAGGGAAGAACAUCAUUAGAUAUUGUUGAUAAAUUCCAUUACUAUUAGUACACCAAAUGUGGCAAAUAUGUUCUGCUCA